GUAUGAACAAUGCUUAACUGCGUUUUGCAGACGCGAAGACGGACGUUCUUUUGGGAAAUCGUGCCUCUAUUCUAUUUGUUAAAAAUGUGUUAAAGUGUUUGUUUUUGUCCGAAUCUGAUGUCCACCUUAUUUCACAAUGAAGAAUGAACACUGGAUGAUAAGCUUGCAGAAAGUAUUCUACCCUUUUCUUGUCAUCAUUGGUGUCCCAUCUAACACAAUAACGUUCAUGAUCUUCUGGAGAAGGAGCUGCGGCCUUUCUCCUUCCUGUCGAUGCUACCUGAUGGCAAUCUCUGUGGCUGAUACCCUAGUUCUUAUCCAGAUUGUUUUGCUUGAAAUGAUCCUUCAAUACUACACCAUAGAACCGUUUUGGACCAGGGUCCCGUGGUGUAUGAUUCGUGAUGUAUUUAGCUAUGGUGCAUACAACGCUUCCGUCUGGCUCGUGGUCUGUUUCACCAUUGAACGUUUUUUUGCGAUUAAAACUCGCCAUUUAAAGCCCAAGAUAUGUACCAAAAAGUGUUCCUUGUGCAUUAUAGCAUCUGUCUUUAUCUGCAGUCACGCAUUUUCAAUUCCAUAUUUUUGGUCAAACGAGUCAAGACAUCUCAAUGGAACCAACAGGUUUACCUGUGUUUAUAAUAAUCACUUACCGAGUUUCUAUGUGGAAGGACUGGUAUGGUUUCAAGCUACCCUUGUCUACAUUAUACCAUAUAUAAUCAUAUUUGCACUCAAUGGCUCGAUCUUAAAACACAUUUGCAACAGCAACAAAGUACAAUGUGAAACUUUCCGAGACCGUAGAAGUUUUUCAUCAUUUACGCGUUCAAAAAAGCAGAAGCGGAAAUCGGUGGUUCUGUUGGUUACGGUUUCAAUGACUUUCGCUUACCUUUGCACCACACGUUUUGUUACCCAAAUCAUGAUUAAGACGUUAUAUUAUAAUAUAAACAGAAAAGACUACACUAAGACUAUCAAUGUUGCUGCAGAUAUAGGGACGAUGCUUGACCUUACUAAUGCUGCUGUGAACAUGUACCUUUACGCUUGUACGCAAUACAGAUUUCGAAAGGAGUUACUAGAGAUUGCAAAAGCUGUUAAGUCAUGCAAACUAUAUGAGAAGCAGAAGCAUAAACAUGUCAUUUUUUUCGUUCACUAUAGUAAAUACCCCCCCAAAAAAGCAUUAGUCGGCUAG